AUGGGAUGGGUGUAUGGUGCUACGCCUGAAGUGCAAGCAGCAUCACAAUACCGGGUGAUUCUCGGAGUGUGUAUCAGCCUCACUGUUUUGAUGGUAAUUCCUGUGUGUUUACGACUAUUUCUCCGGGCUCACGCGAGUCGACUUAGGGCAGCGGACUAUGUGAUGGUAGUGAGCAUGAUUUUGAGUAUCAUCUACAAUGCCUUGUGUAUUGCUCAAAUUCGAUAUGGACUCGGAUUGCCCUUGUCACUUCGACCAAAGGAAGAUUUACCAACCUACACCAAACUCAACUACGCAGGACGCCCGUUCUAUCAAUUGGGCAUUGCAGGAUUAAAGGCGUCUCUCUGUCUGAGUUAUCUUCGCUUGCUCCAGGUCGUAACAUCGAAGAAGAUCUAUCGCGCACUGAUCUGGAUUGUCAUCGUGAUCGCAACGUGGGGACGGGGACACCUUGUAGGGGCUCUGAUCUUAGUCUUUGAUAGUACUCCAGUAUGGUUCCCUCCCAUCAUCAUGAAAUUGGCUGAUCAUGUUCAGGUUCAACGAGCAUGGAGUUCUUCUGUCCGUGCCCAGAAGGCUGGUGUUAUGUGCCUGUUUUUGCUAGGUCUCCUCACCACGCUCUGCUCAAUCCUCCCACUGACUCAGAUCAACCGGGUGGCCUUUGGGGAUGGGAAAUCGGCGAUGCUGGUCUUAUGGGGGACGAUCGAAUUCAAUGUUGGGAACAUCGUCACCUGUGUGCCAUAUCUGACUCCGCUGCUCAAGGGCUUCGUGAAAGACUUUCGUUUGAUGGGUCGAAAUGAGUAUCAUAGCCAUGGGAGAAGCUACACAAUGGGAGACUUUGAUCAACGAUACGAUCGACGAUCUGAUGUGUCGAAUGGCUCUGGUCCAAAUGGGGAAAUCGUUCUUGGUGAACAGGUCCAUGAGGGGGCUGAGAAGACGCUGGCUUAUCGUGUAACCAAAGGGGAGAUGAUUUGA